AUGGCGUGUCCGAAGCAAUCGAUGGAACGCUACCGGACGCGGCGACGUCGUGCUUGCGCCUCCUGCAACUCUUCAUCUUUACCGCCUGGGACGACGUGGUCAGAGGCAGCGCGGAAAAGGUCGGCCAUCGACGCUCACAUUGGCAGCUUGAGCAGGACCACCAUCGACUGCCCUGCAUCCUCGUCUCACAACACACUCUCCCCUUCCCACCCUUUCCUCACCGUAAAUGUAGGCUCGCAAUGCACAGCCGUCAACCAAAUGAAAGAUAUGAUAACGAAUGAUGUUUCCUUAGACGUAACCCGAGUGAACAUGGUUGGCAUGGACUGUGCGCUAAACAGAGUCAAGCCGAGAUGA